GAAUGAAGCCUCUUGUCGAACACGGAAGGAAUAAACCGCGGACCAACGUGUUUCCCGUGUUGGGUGACCCCCAGGAUAAAUAACAUUUUAAAGUAUGAGGGAUUAAGCUUUGACACGAUGAUGCUCUCCGCUGUUCUCAGAAGAAGCACUCUUGCAGCCCAGAAGGUCAGGCACUGUGCAGGGCCUCCACAAAGAGGCUGGUCGUCAGCUUCUGAUGGCGGAUCACGCUCCCUGCAGACCUGCUGGGCCCCAACGGCAAGGCUGCCGUUUUUAGACGGGGGUGAUGGAGGAGUAAAACGUCCUGGGACUGGGCUCCUCCAGAGGAUCCAGAAUGAUUCUGGGUCAUAUCUAGUAAGGAACCGACAUCUUCACUCUUCUGCUGUGAGGCUAAAGAAACGACAGCUGCCUGAAGCUCCGCCCAGGGAGCUGGACUUGUUGCGCUAUGACAUGAAGGACUUGUGGAAGAGUCCCAAACCGGCCCUGUACCUGGGCUUUGCAGGGCUGAUCCCCUUCGUCACUCCCACUCUGUUCAUGGCUGUGACCGAGACCUACUCUCCACAGUUGGCCUACGCUCAGUUAGCUUACGCUGCCUCCAUUGUGUCCUUCCUGGGUGGAGCACGCUGGGGAUUCGCUCUCCCUGAGAGCAGUCCAGCGAAACCUGACUGGUUGAAUCUGGCUAACAGUGUGGUUCCCCCCCUGCUGGCGUGGGUGACCAUGCUAAUGAGCGACAGCGUUAUUUCUGCAGGAACCAUGGUUAUCAUGGCACUCGGAGUCUCCCUGCACUAUGAUCUGUCCCUGCUGCCCACCUACCCCAGCUGGUUCAAAGCCAUGCGGGCCGUCCUGACCGCCGUGGCGUUUUUUUCUCUUCUUGGCACUCUCCUUAUAAGUGGAGCAUACCCGGAAAAAAAAGAUGUUCUCUGAUUAAAUUUAAAAAUAGCAUAUUAAAAACUAGAAAAUCACCAUGUUCUCAUUUCUUCUUGAUGUUGAAGUUUUCUGUCUGGUUAUGUUUGAGAAUUUAAAGCUCAUGCCAGAAACUGUCCUCUGUAAAAACAAAAAAUAUAAAUGAUUAUUCUCUUAAUGUGCACUUACUUUUCAUACAUCAAAUUAACUAAACUUCUAAUUGUCUUUCCACCAAAGGACAAUUCCUCUUCUGAAAGUCUUUUGUGGAAAUGUUCUUUUCAAGUUUACAAUCUUAAAUCACACUGACGUAAAA